CAGCGGCGUGUCACAUUUCACCUACCAGAAGGCUCUCAGGAAAGCAGCAGUGAUGGCGGACUGGGAGACCAUGAUGCAGGCAGUCUUCCCAGCACAUCCCAUGCUCUGCCCCUGGGUUAUCUUCAAGAGGUGUAUUUUGAUCAUGCUGCACCCAACAACCGCACUGAAGGGGAUGGCAACUCUGAUCCUGAAUCCACUGCAGAAAUAACUGUUCAACCAAUGGUGGAAGAAGCCUCUGACAACUGCACUCAAGAAUGUCUCAUCUUGGGCCAUUCCGAUGCCUGCUGGAUGCCAGCUUCUCUCACCCAUGCCAGCCCUUCACACACACAGGCCUCUGCUCUAUGCCACAGCCCACCCCUGACACCAGCCUUUGCUCCUUGCUGCAGCCCUCCAGUGACACAGACCAUUGCUAUUUGCCAUAGCCCUUCGGUGACCCAAGUUAUGGCACUGUGCCAUAGUCCUCCACCAACACAGGUCUCUGCUCUCCAACACAGUCCUCCUCUAGCACAUGCUACUGCUCUUAGCCAUAGCCCCCCACCAGCACAGGCUGCUGUACUGCACCACAGCCCUCCACUGCCACAGGCAACUGCACACCAUCGCAGUCCUGCACAGCCACUGAAGGGUUUGCAGCAAGGUUGGGGUCAAGAGGCUGGACCUGAAGGACUACUGUCUCUUGAUCAUGGAGUGCCAAUUAGUACAAGAUCUCAGUUUUAAACUCUGUCCGAAAGAAUUCAUCCUAAUGAUGAUUCAGUUAAAAUAAUUCCUUUGAAAACCUUCACUGCAGGCAAAAAGGGUAAACCCUCUAGGGAUGAUUCUCCAAUUAAGGAAGAACAUCCCCUGUAAAGCUACAAUGGCUAAUUUACAUUUUUCAACAUAAUGUAUAAAAUCAAAAUUUAUGAUCCAAUUUCAAUGAAUAUUGCAAAUUGUUAAGUUUGUAAAUAGCUAUGUAAAUAGACACAAAUACUAGAAUAUAGAGCUAGACCCUUAGUCAAAAGAUAAAAAUAAAUGUACAAUUUGUUUAAUUUAAAAUGUAUAUUU